AUGGAGUCAAAUCAUCAAGAAGAAUCAAUAAACGCGAGCGAAGAAACCGAGCAAUCGGAGCAAGACAAUAAUGAUCUAGGUGUAGGCCGGUUGUAUGAGUGUGUGUUCUGCAAGAGAGGAUUCAAUACUGCACAGGCUUUGGGUGGCCACAUGAAUAUCCACAGAAAAGAUAGAGCAAGGAACAAACCUACUUCAACUAAUUCCAAUAGGCAAGAAGAAAAUUACACAGUCCCAAGAUUUCACCAGAAGAUACUGUCCAGUUAUCAACCAGUACAAUAUAUUGCAUCUCAUCAUGAUCAAGCAUCAUUAAAUUAUAGUACAUAUAUUCCAGCAUCCACGUCUAGUACUGGACCCUUUUAUCAACAGAAUUCUCGUGAUGAUCGCGAUCAACAACAAGCGACUCAAUUUGGGGACGACUGGCGCAUGGAUUUGAGCUCAGAAUUUGUGCCAGCAGUUAUGGAAAAUCUGGAGAAGAAACAGGUCAUAAGUCAAGAAGAGGAUUUAGAUUUGGAGCUUCGACUCGGAUAG